AGACUCAGUCUCUCCAUCUGUCAUAGGUGACCUCAUCCUCUGCUUCUCUGGAACAGGACGCCGGUCGUUAUGCAGCGGGCUUUGUUCGGCCGGAGCGCGUCGCUCGCUCAGCAGGCGGCAGCGGCUCUUGACGGUCCGCUAGCUUCUAGGAGCGCUCCGGCGCUGCAGCGUUUGGAGCGCUCCAUGUCUUCCGUCAACAUCCCGCCGCCUGAAUGCAUGCUCCGACCGCUAGAAGUUCCUCUGCGUUACCUGUUCGGUCCGGGGCCCUCAAACGUUCCUCCGCGUGUCUUAGCUGCAGCAUCCAGGCCUUUAAUUGGUCACAUGCACCCAGAGAUGUAUGAGAUCAUGAACGAUAUCAAAAAGGGAAUCCAGUACGCCUUUCAGACCGACAACAACAUGACCAUAGCUAUGAGCGGCUCCGGACACGCAGCUAUGGAGUGCGCCGUGUUCAACGUUGUGGAGCCAGGGGAGAGCGUCCUCAUCACCGUCAACGGGAUAUGGGGAGAACGCGUGGCUGAAAUUGCGGAGAGAAUUGGUGCCAAUGUACACAGACUGGUAAAAGCACCAGGAGGAUAUUAUACCAAUAAAGAAAUUGAACAGGCCAUAAAAAAACACAAACCCGUCUUGUUUUUUCUCGCACAUGGAGAGUCCUCCGCUGGUCUCUGCCACCCAGUGGAUGGCAUUGGAGACAUUUGCAGAAAACACAACUGCCUCUUCCUGGUUGAUACUGUUGCCUCACUUGGAGCAGCUCCAAUUUUUAUGGACAAACAAAAAAUUGACAUCAUGUACACUGGUUCUCAGAAGGCUCUUAAUGCACCUCCUGGCACAGCACCCAUCUCUUUUAAUGAAAUAGCAUGCAACAAGAUAUUUAACAGGAAAACAAAACCAGUAUCGUACCUCUUCGAUAUGAGAUAUUUGUCUAUCUACUGGGGUUGUGAUGGCAAACCAAUGAGAGAAUAUCACCACACUGGUCCUGUUUCUGGAUUCUUCGCACUGAGAGAGAGUCUGGCGAUUCUUGCUGAAAAGGGGCUGGAGGAGUCCUGGAGGAAACACAAAGAGGUUUCAGCUUACUUCUACAAAGGAAUAGAAGACCUGGGCCUCAAGCUUUUCAUCCCUGAUAAAGAUUUGAGGCUUCCCUCCGUCACCUCCAUAUCCAUUCCCGAAGGGUACGAGUGGAGAGAGAUGCUCACCUACAUUAUGAAGAAUCACCACAUGGAGAUGACAGGAGGACUGGGUCCAUCCAUCGGCAUGGUGAUGAGAAUCGGCCUGAUGGGAUACAACUGCGAGAAGACCAAUGCUGACAAGGCACUGCACGCCCUUGCUGAUGCUCUGAAGAACUGCAAAAAGAGCAAGGCUUAAGAACUCAUACUCUCACAUCACUGACUCUGUAGACGUUCAUAAGAUACAUGCAACGUGGCUGGAACAUUGGAUACAGUCCAGAAAUCCCUUAGUGCAAUCUACUAUCAGGAUUUUUGGAGGCUUUUCUUGUAUGUUUGCUUUUAUUAAAAUAAAGAUGCAGAUGCUGCCAUGCAAGUGAAGAUGUCAAUAUAGUUUGUUUUAUGUUAUGAAAUAUAUGUGCUUCGGUGUCAUUAAACAGAAAGCUGAAA